AUGGUUGUGCCAUUAAGUGCAUAUUUGUAUUAUAAUGAGGACGUAUAUCUUUUGGCUGGUGAUGUGCGGAGACAAGUGUCCCGCUUAUUGAGUGGAGGGGAAUCGGUCACAGAUGGACCGAUAGUUGUGAUGGGUCAUACAGCGCUUGAGCUGAAAGUAGAUGAUUCCCGGCAAGAAUGGAUACUUCAAGUUCCGAAUUCGAACCGGGAGUUAAGGGUUCUUUUGGGUACGGCUGUUGAGUCAAUUGUUGGAUGGAUAGGUGAUGACAUCGUCGAUCAUCAGCAACAAGUUGAAUUCAACAUUCAAAAUUUCUUGCAACAUCAACAUCAAGAACAACUACAACAUCACGAACAUCAGCAGCAGCAGCAACAACAACAACAACAGCAACAACGAUUACAAGAAGAACAACAGCAGGACCUUGAUCUUCGGCGAAGAAUAACAGCAAUUACAGAUCAUCGGUUGAGGUCAAAGGGCUGUGAAGAUCGUUGUUGUUGUCACAAUCGAUUUCGGCAGCAACAAAGAUCAGGCUCGCCAACACCAUCGCUGGCCUCGACGUUGCUGUUGUCUGAUUCAGAUGACGAUGCAUCACCGCCACCACCACCACCUCCACCAUCGCCAUCAUCAUCAUCACCACCGGCAUCACCUCCGCCAUCACCAUCUCCAAGAUGUUCACAUUCAGAUGGUGAAGAUUCACCAUCUGAUUAUGAAAAUUAA